UUCUGCCAUUGUUAUGGUUUGGGGUUUUUUUAGGAUGGUUUUUAUUUUAUUAUWUUUUUUUUACACUCCAUAAUUUAUAGGCAGUAGGCAAACUGCAUAUUUUUCUUCAGAAAAUAAAAGCUGCUGAGUGGCAGAGUCUGUCAUGCAGUCUGUUGUCUUUGAUGGAGUAUCUCAGGUCUGUGAGGUGAAUUAUAUCUUAUGCAUUCUGUAAUAAGGACUGCUUUAAUGUUAAUGUUGAUGCAGGAGUCUUUUUGCAACCAGACUUGUUAAUCCAAAGAAACAUCAAAUUAAAAAGCAUAUUUUUGUACAAGCAAUGGUAAUGACAUAAGUAGUUGUUAACAUAUCUCAGCACUGAUUAAAAAAUGAACAGUUGUGUAUGUGAUUGAAAGGGUCUGUAAUUGACAGUUAUUGCAGUGUAAAAGAUGAACAGCAGGCAGGCUCAAGAGCAACUCAACAUAAAGCAGGGAAAGAAUCAUGCAGAAAAUUCUUCUUCAGUACCUGAAGAUUAUUUGCUGUUUAUUGCGCUGAACAAAGUUGCACUGAGGAUUAUUUUGCUUUAUGAUUGCUGAGUCACAUGUCUUUGCACAUGAUCCACGUGUACCAAUGUUAGCUUGAUGACAGAAAUGUCACAUUGAAAUAUCAAAUAUUUUCUUUUAAACAGAUUGAGGACUCCAGAGGAAACUGACAAUACCUUUUCCUGCUUGAAAACAUCGCAAGAUCUGCAUCUUCACUACUCAGCUGUUGAAAGAAACAACUUAAUGAGACUUGCUCAGACCAUACCAUUCACACCAGUCCAGCUCUUUGCUGGAGAGGAAGUGACAGUCUAUCAGCUAGAAGAAAGCUCUCCCAUGACUCUUGAUAAGAGCAUGUCUUCCUGGUCCCAGUGUGGCACGACUGCAAUGAUCCAAGUCUUGUCGCAGGAGGAGAUGGAUGGGGGCCUGCGGAGGGCCAUGAAGGUCAUUUGUACUUGGUCUGAGAGUGAUGUGUUAAAGUUGGGACAAGUGUUCAUCGUGAAGUCAUUCCUGCCAGAGGUGGUUCAAACCUGGCAAAAGAUCUUUCACCAUGGCACAGUGUUACAUCUCUGUCUGAGGGAGAUUCAACAGCAAAGGGUAGCCCAGAAGUUAAUCUAUACCUUCAACCAAGUGAAGCCUCAUACUAUUCCCUAUACUCCAAGGUUCCUGGAAGUUUUCCUUAUCUACUGCCAUUCAGCAAASCAGUGGCUGACCAUCGAGAAGUACAUGACUGGUGAAUUUCGGAAAUACAACAACAACAACGGAGAUGAGAUCACUCCCAUCAGCUUGCUGGAAGAGCUGAUGCUGGCCUUCUCCCACUGGACCUAYGUCUACACCCGUGGGGAGCUCCUGGUCCUGGAUUUGCAAGGUGUUGGGGAAAACCUUACAGAUCCAUCUGUGAUUAAACCUGAAGACAAAAAGUCUGGAAAGAUGGUAUUUGGACCMGCAAACCUAGGAGAAGAUGCAAUAAGAAACUUCAUUGCAAAGCAUCGUUGUAAUUCUUGCUGCAGAAAGCUGAAACUUCCUGAUUUGAGAAGAAGCGAUUACACAUUGGAAACUGUCGGUCCAGCUUUCAAAAUAGAGAUGGAAACGAGCUCCAGAGAAGCUGAUGAUACUGAUGAGCCUUCGGAGUGUGAUACACAGCUGUGAAGCAGAGAGCCCAUGUGUUUGCAGGCAUGAAAGCCUGCCCCUUAUCACUGCCAAGGGUCUGCUCAAAAUUCCUAAGUACAGGUGAUGGAGUGCAGCACCCAUCUGCCCUUGCCUAGACCCUAUAGACAAGGAAUGAAAAAAWUUAGCUUUAUAUACUCCCCUUCCUUGCUCUUGUUCAGAUCAAUGAAUUGCCAGGAGCAGGUCACCCCUUAGCUGGAUGAACUGACCCAUCAGUGCCUUUUCUUUUUUUUUUUUAAUGUGGAUCAUGGUUCCAAACUGCUUUAUUUCCAAGUGAUAGUAAUUUUUGUUUCUUUCUGCUCUUUAGUAAGUAAAUGAAUGUAUGCACAUGUGCCAAUCAUUCAUUUUCAGUCAGAGCCCACUCAGCCCAGUGCUCACUUUUUCUUGGGCAUAGAAGGCUCUCCAGAAGCCUCUCUACUUUUUCUUUAUUAUUGAUUUUGGUGCAGAGACAAACUAAGAAUGUAUGAGURAUAAAUUUGUGAUUUAAAUAAUAGUCAUGACAGAUUGAAAAAAUUUCUAGGAACUUCUCCUUGAAUCCUUUUCAUGUAUGAAAAAAAUUGUACAGUAAGGCAGCAGAUUAUUGGACACACAAGCAUAAAUUUUUCUCAUUUUGAGUUGAUAAAGUUGAUUAUUCUGUGGUCUUUAACACAAACAAAGAACAUCAUUGGACUUUUAGGACUUGCCUUUCUUUAUAAUAUUUUAGAUUCUGAAUGCUUUAAAGUUGAAAUUGGAAGAAAGAUUUUAGAAAAGAAUAGUAUAAGUAUAUUCCAUUUGGUAUUUAACUUGUCGAUGUCAGGCUGAACAUAGAACUGUUGUCUAACAAUGGUGCAAUCACAUUUUGCAGCAUCCACAUUUGUUUGUACUGAUGCUCUCUGAUUACAGCUGAAGUUCAGAGAACAGAAAAAUCAAUCUAUCUGUGCAAUAUAAUUUUUGUAAAUAUUGAAAACAAGUUCAGCAGAAAUAUUUCUAACAAAACUUGUAUUACAGAUCACACUAAGCUUUUAAACUUCUUUAUACCUUGGUUGACUAAAAAAACCCUAAUGUUCAAAUGUCAGUCAUUAGAAAAUGUUAUACUUGAAUAGAAAACAAAAUUGUAUUUCCGUUACAGCUGAUAGUAAAUGUUAAUGUGUAAGGGGGCUUCUUAUUAUGAUCUGUGAUUAAUUUGGUACAUUUAGUAAGUGUCUACAUAUACAUAUAGGAUUUGGAAGUUACAUGUUACCAGUUUUUAUAUUGAUUAUGAUACYGAUGUGGAAGUAAUCAGCAUUGUAAACAGUCAUUGAAGCAAUCAUCUACACAAUUUUUAGCUGGGAUAUUUUCAGUUUCUGAGAGCAUUCAGAAGAGGUUCCUCUUGGGUUUUUCAUUCUUAAAAAACAAUUUUUAUAGAACCCCCCCCCCCCAUUUUUUCUUAUUAUACUUUUCCAAAUACAUAAUUUGCUUUGACUUUUUUUUUUGGGAGCAAGUCAAUAUAUCAGGAAACUUAGCUUGUCUGUGAAAGAGAGUUUAAUUGCAUCUCUGCAGACUGAAGAUGAAUUUUGGUCCAUUUGUCUGCAAGGUAGUUACUUUGCUUCCUGUGUUUAUCAUUUUAAAAUCUGACUUUAGGGAGACAUGUGCUUACAUGAAUACAUAUACACUUUAAAGAAGACCUUGCCCUAAAGAAUCUCUAACUAUUAGUAUGCCCUUAAAUUCUGUUAAGUCAAAUGACACACUAAUAUGUCUUUAAAAUCGAAGACAAUGUAACUCCUGCCCUGAUGGUAUUGUUCUCCUCAAAUGUUGCCAUAAAUCCAGAACACACUUAUAUAUUAUGCACAAAUAAUAAACUCUACACCAGGCUGGGCCUUUCAUUUCCUUACAAGUUUUGAAGAUAUGCACAAACCAUAUUUUCUUGACAAYGGUCCUGUUCCCUGCAGGAGUGGGUGGCUCCUGCAUUUGUAGCAAUACUUGUGAGAAUUCUCACAAUGUGCAGCUAGCUCAGUGUAGAUUCAUCUCAUUCCUUCUUGUCAGUAUCUGUCAAGGCACAUACUACUUUCCACUGAAACUGGGGAUCCUUGCAAGAUACUAGUGUGUGUUAACAUGUAGUUUAUUUAAUAUGGUAGCUAUUUAAUUUUGUUCAGCAUGGCGUAUUAAGUGGAUGAGACAAGAAAAGGAGGCAUUUCAAAUUGUUUCAUUGUAUAUUUUUGUCCUUUAUAUUUUCCUGUGCGUGGAGAUACUAAGUCAAAAACAUCCAGUAAUUCUGCUGGCUGAUAAAUUAUGUCUCACUUUCUUACUGCAUUUUCUGGGAGGGCUGAUUCACAUUUCACCAAACUGUAAAUUUCAGUAUUUGGUUAAAAAUCUUUCUCCCCUCCUUUUUGAAAAUUCAGUAAUAAAUUAGAAUGAAAAUAACUUGAAUUUUUUUUAAAUUUCUUUUGACUUCUUGAUGUCUUUCUUACUACAAAUUCUGUGCAUUCUUUGAAUUGUCUUUUGAUUUCUAAAUGCUGACCACAGCUAGUGUGGAAGAGGAAAUCUUGUAUGUCAAACCAAACCAUAGGGUUUUCUGAUUAUUACCUUCAACACUUUUUUAUGCUGAAAAGCAUGUAUGGGGAUUUCUUUUAUAUUUCUGGUAGGUUCUGGAAAAAAAAUACCUGUUUACUUUGUUCAAGUAAGUCAGAGAGUAAAGUUUUGAAAGAACAAAACAAAAAACCCACCAGAGUGUUUAUAAGCUCACAUUUUAAUAUGAAUUUAAAAGAAGAUUACUAAGCAAUUCAGUUGGGAUUAUCCACAGCAAAAUGUUUUUUGGCACCUGCUUCACUGGAGAUGUAGCUUGAACAUAUGAAAAAUAUGCACAAAUUAUAAACCUCAUACUCAGGGUGGCUUUUCUUUUUUCUUUUAUUCAUAGUGUGGUGUAUAUGGGGUUAUUCAUUGRGUUCUAUUGUUAUAAAAUCAAAAGGGAUAUUGCACAUGUAUUUUCUAGAAAUGGAUUUGUAUUUGUUGUAGUUUUGUCAAUCUAUUUCAUAGAUUUUCAGAAUAAAGAAACACUUUCACAAUGUGUCUGUUCUUGAUAGGUGCAAAAUGAAAUAACAUGUUUCUGAGCACUAAGGGAAAAAAGUGAAAGCAACAUGCAGAGAAUAAUGCAGUUAUUUUUGUUUUUAAUCUCAAAGUAAUAAACACCUGUUCUACAUUUAUCAUGUGGUUUCCAGCUCCUCUUUUGUUUAUUUCUGUAGUAGCAUUAGUUUCUGUUCUUGUAGUCAAUAUACUUACAGCAAGAAUACUUCUACACCUAUCUCAUGAGUCAAAAUUUAUUUAUAGAAGA